UCGGCCAGUGGUAAUCCGGGAUGGUGGGGGGUGAGGAGUUUAUUCUGCAGAGUGAAGCCGGGUCGGCUGGGUGUACUGCCCAGAGAUGAUAAGGCAGUGCAAAGCCGGGCUGUUAGUGAGCAGAGCUUUAGUUGCGAAUUCAUGGAGGUGGAAAGGAAGCUCUGCAUCCGAGAGAGCACUGAAUUAUAAACCUGGCCAGGUUAUUCAUGGAUUCACAGUGAAUGAGGUCACGCCCGUUCCUGAUUUUAAUGUAACCGCAGUAAAGCUCAGCCAUGAAGCGACAGGAGCGAAAUAUUUACACCUUGCCAGGGAUGAUCCCGACAACUUAUUCAGUGUGCAGUUCCGGACAACACCCAUGGACAGCACCGGUGUCCCGCACAUCCUGGAACACACCGUUCUGGCCGGCUCCGAGAAAUACCCAUGUCGUGACCCGUUCUUCAAGAUGCUGAAUCGGUCCCUGGCCACAUUUAUGAAUGCCUUCACAGCAAGCGAUUUCACCAUGUACCCAGUUUCUUCCCAAAACCACAAGGAUUUCCAGAAUCUCAUGUCUGUCUAUUUGGAUGCAGUGUUUUUUCCAUUCCUUAGAGAAUUGGACUUUUGGCAAGAAGGAUGGAGAUUGGAGCAUGAAGACCCCACCAAUCCCAAAUCUCCCAUAGUGUUCAAAGGCGUUGUCUUUAAUGAGAUGAAGGGGGUUUUUUCAGAUAAUCAAAGAGUGUUUUCGCAGCAAUUACAGAACAAACUUCUUCCUGGUGGUACCUACGCCUUUGUGUCUGGAGGAGAUCCGCUAGACAUUCCAGAUCUCACAUGGGAGCAGCUAAAACAUUUCCAUGCCACUCACUAUCACCCAAGCAAUGCCAGGUUCCUUACCUAUGGUGAUUUCCCCUUGGAGGGGCAUUUAAAACAAAUCGUUGACGAGGCCUUGGUCAAGUUUAAGGGCAUAGACCCCCAAACUGAUGUCCCUGCACAGAAGCACUGGGAUAAACCGAGAGAAUAUCAGGUCACCUGUGCUGUAGACACGUUUGCACCAGAUCCAUCCAAACAGACGAUGCUCAGCAUUAGCUUUCUGACGGCCGAGCUAACAGACGUUUUUGAAGUCUUUACUUUGGGCCUUCUGUCUAUCUUGCUGGUUGAAGGACCAAAUUCUCCUUUCUACAAAGCCUUACUGGAAGCCCAGCUUGGCUCAGCUAUGUCUCCAGACGUUGGAAUGAACAGAUCCACUAAAGAUACAUAUUUCAGCUUUGGAUUACAAGGAGUAGCCGAAUCGGAUAUAAACACUGUGAAAGAAACCAUCGCUAAAACCUUUGAGGAGGUGGUGCAGAAGGGGUUUGAGCCUGAAAGAAUUGAAGCUGUCCUCCACACUGUGGAAAUCGAGAUGAAGAACCAAACAACGGGCUUCGGGAUGAAGCUAGCUAAUUACAUAGCUGCCAGCUGGAAUCAUGAUGUCGAUCCGGUUGAGUUGCUGAAAAUCGACGAGCAAAUGACUCGAUUUAGACAGUGCAUUAAGGAGAACCCCGCUUUCCUUCAGGAGAAGGUCAAGCAGUAUUUUCAGAACAACAUGCACAGUAUGGUAUUGACCAUGAGUCCUGAUAAAGAUUAUAACAAGAAACAAGCAGAGCUCGAGCAAGAAAAACUGAGCCAGAAGGUCAAAGCUUUGACGGAAGCAGAUCGAAAAAACAUUUAUGAGAAAGGUUUAGAAUUGCUGCGCUUUCAAACUGAAGCCCAGGAUGCUUCAUGCCUCCCCACCCUUAAAGUGACAGAUAUUGAGCCCACCAUCACUCCCACAGAGGUGGAAUGGACAUAUGCAGGUGACGUUCCUAUCCAGUGCUGUUCCCAGCCUACAAAUGGCAUGGUAUAUUUCCGAGCAGUCUCCAGCCUGAAUUCACUUCCUGAGGAGCUGACGCCCUAUGUGCCCCUCUUCUGCAGUGUUGUCACCCAGAUGGGCUCUGGUGUGUACAAUUACAGAGAGCAGGCCCAGCAGAUUGCUUUGACUACUGGAGGUAUGAGUGUCUCUCCACUCAUUGUAUCAGACUCCUCCAAUCUGGACACAUAUGAACAGGGUAUUCAGUUUUCAUCAUCAUGCUUAGACAGGAAUACACCUGACAUGAUGCAUUUGUGGAGUGAAAUAUUUAACAGUCCUCAUCUUGAUGCUGAGGAGCGACUGCAUGUUUUAGUAAAAUCGAUUGCUCAGGAUAUGUCCAAUGCCAUACCAGAAAGUGGACAAGUGUAUGCACAAAUGCGUGCAGCCAGGACACUCUCACCAGCUGGAGAACUGCAAGAGCUCUUCGGAGGAAUGAGUCAGGUCAAAUUCAUGAAACAGAUAGCGGAGAUGACUGAUUUGGGACCAGUACUGCGGAAGUUAUCACGAAUUCGCAAAUAUAUAUUGUUGAGUGAUAACAUAAGGUGUUCUCUGAAUGCCACCCCACAAGAGAUGCCAGCAGCUUCGAAGGAGGUGGAGAACUUUUUGUCAGGAAUUUACAGGAAUAAAAAAGAACGCAAAGCUGUCCGACCUAAUAUUGUGCAGAGGCCAUUAAAUCCAUCUUCACAUGGAAAUGAAGCGUCAUUAAAAAGUUCCAGGAAGCUUGUUAGUGAUCCUACUUUCAAGCCUUGUCAAAUGAAGACACACUUCUCUUUGCCAUUUCCAGUAAAUUUUAUUAGUGAAUGUAUACGGGCCGUGCCAUUCAGUCAUCCGGACUAUGGCAGCCUGCGUGUACUGUCACAGAUCAUGAGCUCUAGGUAUCUCCAUCGGGAGAUUCGGGAAAAAGGAGGAGCUUAUGGUGCAGCCGCCUCUAUUGAUUAUGAUGGCAUGUUUACCUUGUAUUCCUAUCGGGAUCCAAACUCUUUGUCAACAUUGUCUGCGUUUGAGAAGUCAAUAGACUGGGCGAAGUCUGGAACGUUCAGCCAGCAGGACCUCGAGGAAGCCAAACUCUCUGUGUUUUCAAGUGUGGAUUCACCUGUUGCACCUAAAGACAAAGGCAAGGUGCUGUUUCUAAGAGGUAUAAGUGAUGAGAUGAUGCAACUGUACAGAGAACAGAUGAUUGCUGCCACCCACAAAGACUUGGUUAAUGCUGCCAGCAAGUAUCUAACUACUGGGAACUCCACCCGUGCAAUUUCUCUUCUGGGCCCCGAGAAUCCCGGCAUUUUAAAAGAUCCGACUUGGAUUAAAAGAUGAAACUCUCCUGCAGUAAGAAGAUCGGAGUGAUAAAAUGCGAAAAGGAUAUUUAUUUAUUCAGGCUUUACCGGGUUAUUAGAUAUUGUCUUUUUAAACUCUUUAACAUUUAAAGGUUAAACUCCACUUUUGUUGAAACAA